CCAAGAUGAUCGUGGAAACUUUCUAGUUUUAUACUAGAUCAUCAUGUCUCUACAGCGGGGAAGAGCGGCUUCCGCCCGAAUAUGACGAGGGAGGAAUUACAGUAUUGCUAAUGUAACGUGUGGAAUGUCCUCUUAUAAGAUGCUCCGGCCGCGCUACUCCCGGAUCUUCGAGUUCCCGGAUUGGAUCCUGGCUCUGGUGCUGCUUCUUUUAUCCAUUAUAUUAUCUCGCAGCACUAUAGAAAAGAAGCUGCAACUAUGGGGGUAAAGAAGUUCCUCAAGAGUCGCUCAGGUCUGCGAGUGAACAAUAACCAGGUCACCAAUGCAGCAAGCCUUACCCUGAGAGAGAGCUUGUGGCCAUUGACCAUUGUGACUCUUCUGUUCUUCCUGUGGGGAUUCGCCUAUGGUCUGCUGGACACGUUGAACAAGCACUUCCAGAGUACGUUGCACAUCACCAGAACGCGCUCCUCUGGCCUCCAAGCUGCAUAUUUCGGCGCUUACCCUCUCGCGUCUCUCGGAUAUGCGAACUUCAUCCUCCGUCGCUUCGGUUACAAGGCCGUCUUCAUAUUCGGGCUCUGCCUCUAUGGCAUUGGAGCGCUUUGCAUGUGGCCCGCCGGUCUGCAUCAAUCCUUUGGUGGAUUCUGCGGUGCUACAUUCGUGAUCGGAUCCGGUCUGGGCUCCCUAGAAACUGCCGCGAACCCAUACCUUACUGUCUGCGGUCCUCCCAAAUACGCUGAGAUCCGUAUCAAUUUCGCACAGGCGUUCAAUGCCAUCGGAACGGUCCUCGGCCCUGUGCUGGGCUCGUAUGCCUUCUUCACCGAGACAAAUGAUAAUGUAGAGGCAUUGAAGCGUGUUCAGUGGGUUUAUCUUGCCAUAGGCAUAUUCGUCUUCUGCCUGGCUGGUGUGUUUUUCGUCUCGGAAAUACCGGAAAUCACAGAUGAAGAUAUGGCUGUGCAGGAGACGGACGUUGAAGAGACGCAAAAGCCGUUUUGGAAACAUUAUGGUCUGUUCCAUGGCGCCCUCGCCCAGUUUACGUACACUGGUGCUCAAGUUGCCAUUGCGGGAUACUUCAUCAAUUACGCAGUUGAAACACGACCGCACACGUCCAGCGCUACUGGAGCGAAGUUCCUCGCUGGAGCCCAGGGUUGUUUCGCAGUCGGCCGCUUCUCCGGAUCAUUGCUGAUGAAGUACGUAACGCCUCGAUGGGUGUUCCUUGUUUAUAUUUCCGGCGUGGUGGCCUUCCUCGCCGCAUCUACUACUCAACGAGACAACACUGGCGUAGCAAUGCUAUUCCUGACCCUGUUCUUCGAAUCAGUCUGUUUCCCGACAAUAGUUGCGCUGGGAAUUCGAGGUCUUGGAAAACACUACAAGCGCGGUUCAGGCUUGAUCGUUGCUGGUACCUCCGGAGGUGCAGUCGUGCCCCCGAUCCUGGGUCACGUCGCCGAUAUGCGUAACUCGACGGGCUUUGCUAUGAUUGUGCCCACAAUGUUCAUGGUUGUCGCUUGGACAUAUGCCGUAGCAGUCAACUUCGUGCCUUCGUACCGCGACACAGUAGACAAGCUCGGGAGCAGCAGUGUUGGGUUGGAGAAUAGUGGUUCCAUCAAAGAUGAGGAGUUUGGGGUCGUCGAGAAAGAAGCAGAAGCGGAGGCUGUGCAUAUUGAGAAGUAGAUUAGGGUUAGUUAAUUUUGAGCUAUUUCAUAAACACGAGACGGCAAUGAAUCACCGCGGCGCCCUAGAGAAUUGCAGCUCCUGCAAGAACACCACACCACACGGGUCUUCUUUUUAUUUUGCAGUUCUACAGUACGAAGCUCUCAAAUUUUCUCUUAGGUAUAAUAAUGCGAUACAUCUCAAUCGUGGAGAUGCAGCCCAUACUCAAGGCCAUAGCACAUCUAGCGCCCGACGCUGGGGGA